AUGCCCAAAAAAUCAUCCCACAACUCUAAGAUUCUCCCCCAUCCCCCAAAAAACUCCAACAUUGCUACCCCCUCAGCCAAAUUUAACCCCUUUUUCACCAACCCAAACCCAACAAUCUCCCUGAUGCAAUCACCUAUCUCCCCCAAUCAAGAAUUUGAAGAAGAUGUCUUAUCAGAAUAUUCCACCAUCAGUUACCCAGACAGGUCUGAUUUUCCUGAGGUUUUGUCUGAGCUGGAUAUCAAGGAGGCCAUCGCAUCUUUGGUAUCUCAAGGAGUUACUGGAAAGGAGAUCCACAAGUUUCUUCAAGGUGAUUGUGGAGUGAAGAUUUCACUCAGAACACUCAACCGCAAGCGGGCAGAAUGGGGCCUACAAAAUUGUGACCUUCCGAAACCACCAAAGAACUCAAAGCUUACCCCUGACGUAGAGGCUUCCCUCAUCUCCUCUCACCAACAGGGGUUCAAAGUCUCAGAAAUUCGCUCUCGCCUCCUCAGUGACACUGGCAAAGAUGUGUCCCACCGCACAGUUGAAAGAUACUUGGCCAUCCUGGAUUUGAAACUGAAGAGGAAUGACCUUGCGGACGGGAAGGUCACCCGGGAUGACGUGGUGUGCCUCAUUGACCAUGCAAGAAAAGAAUUACUUGCCACGUCAGCUGGUUAUAGGAGGAUGAACAACAUCUUAAAACAAGAAUACAAGAUACAUGUACCCCGUGAGCUGGACCCACAAGGAAUGGCUGACCGUCUGCGUCAUUCUUGCAAACGGAGGAUUUUCAGAACCCAUGGACCCAACCAUAUCUGGUCAGCUGAUGGACAUGACAAGUUGAAACCAUUUGGAAUCACAAUUUAUGGUUUUAUCGAUGCUUGGUCCCGAAGGAUUCUAGGGAUGUAUGCUCAUGUGACCAACAAUGACCCAUUGCAUGUGGGAGUAUACUUCCUACAGCUUGUAGCAGACACAGGUGGAGUACCACUUAAAGUUACUGUAGAUCGUGGGACUGAGACUGGGGAAAUGGGGACACACAUGAUUGAACUCACACAAAGAUACACCGGUAUCACCUUUGAAGAAGCCCAGACGCAUAUGCACCAUACGAAAUCCACUCGAAAUCAGAAAAUUGAGUCAUUAUGGUCCAGAAUGAUGAAAGAGCACAACAGGCCGCUCAUUGACACCAUUUGGACACAAAUAGAGGAAGGAAAGUAUGACCGGGAUGAUGAUAUUCAAAAACUACUUUUUCUAUUCCUUUGGAUGCCUGUGGUUCAGAAAAGUGUGGACCGCUGGGUCACAAUAUACAACGCUUCAAGGAAACGCAAGGACAAGUUAACAGAGCUUCCAACUUCAUGCUCCCCAAAUUUUGCAUACUCAACCCCCGAACACUUUGGUGCAACAGAUCAAUUGAUCCAUGUCCCCCAGGAAGACACAAAUUUCAUCUUGGAAAAUACUUACCCAGAGAGGGAAGCAAUGUUCACCCACACACCAGACUGGUUUCAUGAUUUGGCCAGUUUGAUCAUGCAAGAAAUGGGUUUCCAUUUUGAUCAAAUGGCACCAGGAGGGGUCUGGGUCAUCUUUGACGAAAUGCUCCCAUACAUACAAGCAAACAUACCAAGUGAUUACAUCCCCAACUCAUCUUUCAACAACUCAGCAACACAAUCUUAG